AUGAAUGAACUUGAAAAAGCAAUCAUUUCAUUUGAACGUGCCUUAGCGCUUGCUCCAUUGAAUGAUCAGGUCAAACAGGUUUUAGAUACUAGUCGAUUUAAACUUAGUCAGCAAAUACGUCAUGAACAUCUUGAUCCAAGACUAAAGCCUGAAACAAUGGAUGAACACCUAACUGAUAUGAAAGACAGAUUUGGCAUCGAUCCGGAACAAGUUCGCCUUGGUCAUCUUUUAGCUGACAUGAGUGAUGAUCCUACGCGAGCCAAUGUGAUUAAAGGACAUAAAUAUUUUAGAGGUGACACUGAGAUGAGAAUUAGACAAGACUAUGAUCAAUCAGCCGUCUAUUUCGCCGAAGCAGCUAGACAGGGCAACGCUGAAGGAAUGUACAAUCUAGGUAUGAUGUACGAUCGUGGACAAGGUGUAAAGAAAGAUCAUAGGUUAGCAACUCAGUUUUUUGAAAAAGCAGCAUUACAACCAGCACAGCUUCCUAAAACUAAUCUGCCAAAUAUUGGUGUAGCAGAAGCACAACACGCGCUAGGACUACGGUAUUAUAACGGUGUCGAUGUCCCAAAGAACUAUGCAGCUGCUGCAAAUUGGUAUAAACGUGCUGCUGAAAAUGGUUGUGAGCAGGCGGCAAAUAAUUUAGGAAUAAUGUAUCAGGAUGGUGGUGGUGUUGAACAGGGUAGUGUAAAAGCGGAACAAUGGUCCCAGUUUGCCGCUAAAAAAGGCGAUCCAAAUGCAAUGUACACAAUGUCUCACUUGUCGUUCAAGAAAAAUGAUUUUCAGAUGACACGAGAAUGGCAUCAACGUGCCUGUAAUGCUGGUCAUGUUUUGGCACUAACGAACCGCGAAAAGUUUUUAGAAGAGAUAAACGAAAGAGAAGCACUAGUCACGCAAUUGCCACCAAAUUUGUUGAAUGUACUGAAUGAAUCAACAAGAAUAUUGGAUUUAACAAAUAUAAAACCAAUGCCAAGCAAGAGCAGUUCCUCUCUAUAUAAGUACUUAGAGCUUAAAGAGCACGCAUUAAAAGGAUCAGUUACAGCCAAGCAGCUGUGUAUGGCAUUACAACAUUUCUACACGGCAUUAUAUAUAAUUACGCAGUCCGAAAAUUUAGAUGAAAAACAAUUUAUACAUGAAUUAGCUGAAGCUUAUCGUACCGAACAUCGUGUUGUCCAAAUAGUAGAUGCAGACCUAUACAAACAAAUUCAAACGGUUAUUCGCAGUUCACUAAAACGUCAUCCUGAUGAUGAAGAUGCGCAAAUCUGUUAUGUCUAUUUUCAUUCAGAUGAUCUAGAACCAAAUGCUAAAUUAUUGCAUGAAUGGAAAGUAACACAUCCAAACUCUAUUCAUCUUUACGAUUUAAGUGCAGCUGUGAACUGUUUUUUAAAGCAGUACGAACUUGCUCUAUUAGAUUGCAAUAUAGGUUUAAAACUGGAUCCAAAUUAUUGCGAACUUCUCUAUACAAAAGCAGUUGCAUUGCGCCUAUUGCCAAACACCGAUCAAACUGACAUUAUUGCAGCUUAUCAGAAGUUUUUGGCUCUUGCACCAAAAGAUCAUCGAAAAGUUCCAGAAUCUUACUACGCUAUGACACAGUGUUAUUUCCCUAGAGAAAAACCGGUAAAACAUGAUGUCACAUCUAAAAUUAUUCCCGAUGCAGCAGUUCAAACCUACGAGCAAGGUUUAGAAGCUGAACGCUUACAACUACCGUGUUAUUUACCAUAUAAAUCAACUAGCAAAACAGCUAUAAAAGCUGUGUUCGAUUUCGUCGAUUUGUGCAAAAGAGAUACAUUGCAGUCAGAUCAAACACCAAAGCAAAGUUAG